AUGUCUAUUUCCACAACCGAACCCAAUGCGUACUUUGUCGAAAACUGGGAUACCGAGGGCCUUGUCCUUUACCUCCAAGCGCAGGGCCUAAAACUUGACAAUGAGGACUUCGCUAUUAUCCGCAAAGAAAAAAUCAAUGGCCUCUCCUUCCUCGAUAUGACCGAAGAAAAGUUUCGUAAUAUUGGUUUGGCAUUAGGACCGGCAACACUUCUUGCAAAAGAGGUCAAGGUACUCAAGGACAACACGAAAAGGGCAUACUCGUCAUAUCGUACUUUGAACGAUUUUAAAGCAGUCCUAGCGAAGUAUGGAAUUAUAAGUGGGGACAUAACUCGCAUUCCGCAAUUUACACCAGUCACAUUCAAAAUCGGCGAAGAUAAUCCGGCGUUCAAGUUUUGCGUUGAAGAUAUACUUCGCAGGAUAAAGAACAUGGGACCAGUAGUAGAUACUAACGAGGCAAUGCAGUGUGAAUACUUUUCGACAAUCUUGCAUGCAUCUGUUAGUCUUCUCGAAGGUUUGGUUAUCUCUCCUCAGGCCAAUAUAGUUGGCGAAGAAAAUACUGACCGUGUCGACUAUGCGAUCAAAAAAAUAAUCAAUGAAAUGUUGGAGGAAAUUAUUUGCAUAACCCAGGGUAAACAAAAUCAGGCCACAAUGGGUAUUUGCCAGAAUUUGGUGCAAUGUCGAAGCGCGUGUGAUAUGAAUCUAGAUAUGAUCAAGAAAAAGCGGAAGGUCGACGAAGUAUUCGAAGCCGGCUAUGACUAUGUCUAUGGUAUAGUCAGUACCGGAACAGACUGGUACUUUAUCCUUCACACUACCGACGCCAUCUAUUGUACGAGUAAAACCGAAUACCGCAUCUCGCUUACAGAAGCCGUCCUCGAAGAUGAUACCGAGUUGCGAAAAAGUGUUAAGAGGAUUUUAGAGGUAAUAGUGGGAUUAUUAAAAGAUAGGCUGUCUGCUAGUGAUGAACCAGCGACUAAGAAGAGGUGUGUGCAAGAGAAAAUCAGCAGAGCUGGCAUGGCCAAAAAAUGA